AUGGCUUUUGCGGCGGCGAGGAUGAUUCUCAAGGACAGACGAAGGAAGCCUUCCAAGGAGGAUGUGAAGGUUGUCGAGAGAGCGAAUACUGCUUUGCCAGGAUCUCCUCAGACUCAGAGUAUUGCUAAAAUAACGAUAGAAAGCAUUAAUUUGAAAGUGCCACAUCUCACACCCAACGAUGACAUAAAGUUGCAGUUGUUGACACGUAUCAAAGCAGAUGAGUCUAUGAUGAUACCGUUUCGCCGAUGGGAAUUGCACGAGCUACCAGCACUCACACAAGGAUCUACCAUAGAAAUCUGGUCCGUCAAGACAUGUUCUGCAUUGGACAGUCCAAGAUAUGUUAUAGUAUUUUUCCAAACGAAAAAAGCCGAUAAUUUGCAUGAAGACGUCACCUUGUUCGAUAAUGCCAACAUCAAAUCCAUACGAUUGGCUCUGAAUAGCGACUAUUAUCCGCAAGAACGAAUGCUAUUGGACUUUUCCCGAGACCAAUAUGCUGACGCUCACUUCAACUAUACAGAGUUCAACAAGAGCUACCAUAACUGUCAAGAAAAGCGCUCUCUAGUAAACUUUGCCGAAAUCAAAUCCCGACCAAUGUUUGUUAUCGAUUGCUCGAGGCGCCAUCUGGGUCUAAAGUCGUCCACAGUUGACAUAAAGCGCGCAGUGGAAGCGCAAGUAGCUACCGAAGUGUCAGUCAGGUAA